AUUUUUGUCCCGGUGCUGCUGGGUAGCCACUUCUUUCUUUCUGUUUUUGACCUUAAGAAAGAGGUGAUUGAAAUAUGGGACUCACUUCCAAAUUGUGUCGAUCCAAUUAAGAGGGGAGAAAAAGUGACACUGAUUGCAAAGGAACUGGACUCGAUCUUUUUUGAAGCAGUCAUGAGGAGAUUCGAAGCCACGAUGUUUUGCACUUUCACCAUCGUAGAGGUGGUCAAUGCUCCGCGGCAAGAGAAUGGGUUCGACUGUGGGUUGUUUGUGUUGAAGUUGAUGACAUGU